UGAUGUGUUCUCCCGGCGUUCGCUCCUCAGUUGGUUGAGUCGGCAUGGGUCUCUCGAAGAGAAACCAUCCAGUAUCCUUUGACGCUGGAAUCUUACCUUUCAGCGCUGGUCAAAUGUGACCACCCCUGCUUACAUCACCUGAUGUCUCCAACAUAAAGGAAAAGUCGUCGUAACGUUCUGGAUUAUUGUCAUCCCAAGAACUGAAAAUGCCUCCUCUGCGGAAUGGAUCGUCGAUGUAUCUCAAUGGAUCAGACAAGAUCCUCCGGGACAUGGAGGACCGCUUCUACUUCGUGUCCCCGUCCAGCUCGGUGCAGCAAAGUCUCUCGGAGGACCAGGAGGGCGAGGACGGCAACGACUGGGAUCCAGAAGAGAUCGCCCAGAUUCCGGAGCCCCCCGACGGCGGCUUCGGGUGGGUGAUCGUGGCGGCCUCUUUCCUCUGCAACCUCAUCGUGGACGGGAUCGCCUACACCUUCGGCAUCUUCUUCAUGGAAUUCGUCCGGUACUACGACGUCCCGAAAGGGAAGGUGGCCUGGGUCGGCUCCUUGCUGUCCGGGUUUUACCUCAGUGUCGGUCCCAUAGUGAGUGCUCUGACGAAUCGAUUUGGGUGUCGAGUGGUUACUAUAGCUGGCAGUCUUGUUUCGUGUACAGCCUUCGUUCUGAGUACCAUGGCUCCAUCCAUUGACGUCCUCAUGAUCACUUACGGUGUCAUGGGCGGUAUUGGUUUCGGAAUGGUUUUUCUGCCAGCUGUGGUUAGUGUCGGUUACUACUUUUCCACAAAACGAGCUUUAGCUACUGGUGUUGCUGUCUGCGGCUCAGGCAUGGGGGCCUUCAUCUUUGCACCUUUCUGCCAGAAACUACUAGAAAUUUACGACUGGAAAGGAGCCAUGCUCAUACUGGCAGGACUUACACUGAACUGUUCGGUUUUCGGAGCUCUCAUGAGGCCCCUGGAACCAGGUCCCCGUCAAAAACCUCUUCUACAGAGAAUAGCCGAAGAAAAAGAAAGGCAUAGAAUGGACUCCCUGUGCGAAAGCCAGUACAUGAUUAUUCAGCAUUCAGACGGAACUGUCGAGAAAAGACCGAAAUUCGUUCUUAACUUGGAGCCUGGGGUGCACUCGACGCUGUACCUGGACCAGUUUGGAAAAUCACCAGCUGACACACCCGUGUUCACUCUGUCACCUAUACAGGAAGCUCGUAAAUCGCCUGCAAGCUCUAAAGAAGACGAAAUGGACGAAAAAGAAGAGAAAGAUGAAGAAAAGGAAGAAGAAGAGAAGGAAGAAGUCGAGGAAAAGGUCCCCUUGACUGGUCCUUCCAUACCGAAAGUAGCCACUACCAUGUCCCUGCCAAACGCUGGCUCUGCGUCAGCGCCACACACAUCGUCUGGAGAUCAACCGGACGACCCGUCUUCGCCGCACAUUUCAAACGGAGGUCUUCCUCAAACGGCCAUCCGUGAACUGGCAAAGCGAAAGGGUUUGUUGCCCCCUUUCAAAGGAGCCAUGAAACUCAGUUUGAGCAACAUCACGGUCAACAACGAGAUGCGGAGGAAUAACGCCUCCUUAAAAAUCUCCUCCAGCGGCUUUCUGUGUCCGGCACAGCAGCAGAAUAACAAUUUCAAUGCUGAUGAAGUUUGGAAGCAGAACGUGCGGGAUCAAGCGUCUGAAAUGCCAGUUCCGUUGGAUGCUAGCAGGCGAUCUUCGCUCAGGCGAGAUCGCAGAGACUAUAGUAGACCGAUGUACAGGAAGGACGUGUUCUACAGCGGCAGCAUUCGAAAUCUGCCUGAAUACAAACAAUCUCAAGGCGAUGUUCGUUCUUACGUGGCAAGUGUGACGUCGAUUCCAAGAGACAUCCCCGUAUCUCACUCGGUCUUGGGGGACAAUAGAUCUGUGGUUAUGGAUGGUCCGUCGAAGCCUGAAGUGUGCCCCGAGUGUCUGAGGCUUCCGAAGUCCAUGACUGAUACUAUGUACGAAAUGUUGGACUUCUCGCUUCUGAAAAACAAUGUCUUUCUUCUAAUCUGCAUUUCCAAUAUAGUGGGGAUGAUUGGAUUUUAUGUGCCAUACGUUUACAUAACUGAUAGCAGCAUUAUGAAAGGAAUUACGUCGGACAAGGCUGCUUUUUUGCUUUCCGUCAUUGGAAUCACGAACACAUUCGGCAGGUUAAUGUUCGGUUGGUUUGCUGACAGACCAGGAGUAUCUGCACUUCUAGUUAAUAACAUUUCCAUUGUGUUGACAGGACUUUGUGUGUUCUGCUUGCCCUUCUGCAGUACGUACACAGCCAUUGUGAUUGACUGCGUCUUGUUUGGAUUGUUUGUAUCUGCAUAUAUUUGCUUGACAUCCAUUAUUCUUGUGGAGUUGUUGGGGCUGGACAAACUAACCAAUGCAUUUGGUCUUCUCAGUUUGUUCCGAGGAGGAUCGUGCAUGCUAGGACCACCCAUUGCAGGAUCGAUUUAUGAUCUCACGGGUAGCUACGACUUGCCAUUCUUCAUCGCCGGGGUGCUAUUAAUGAUAUCUGCUGGGGUCAGUUUUAUGGUACCCUGUGCUGCCAGACUGUCCGAGAAGAACAAUGCCGCGAACAACCCUGAGAUCGUCAGGGAUGAAAACCAAGAUGUGAUGAGCGAUGAUCAAGAGAGUGUUGUGUAAAAGUCAAAUUUAGAUUUCCCUGAAUGGAAGAAAUCGGACGCAAGUUUGAUUUUGUAUCCCAAUUAGUGAUACUCGCGAGAGAUUGUGAUGAGAUACUAGGUAGGAAAAAUCCAACAAAGUACAGAUACUGUGCGCCAGUGUGUAAAGAAUCUCGGAAAAUAUUUUGUGAAAGUUUUCUUACAAAGUGAAUUGAGUGAAUGUGUUUACGAGUGCAUCAUGUGACUUCGCUUCGUUCGGUUUUGCAAAACUGAUGAAAAGCUGCAUCGCACAGUUUAGUGAUAAAAGAGUUCUGAAUUUUAUGGAAUUUCUGCGUUUUUUUUUUUUUUUUAGAAAGUGAGAAAAAAGAAAAAUCAACUUAAAUCAAUGUCCGCAUCCUUCAGUUUCAAAAAAUUUCUUGUUGAGUUUUUUCUCCCAGAUGAAUGAUUAUGUAUUUUUCUACUUAAUGUGUUGAAUGAGUUAUCCCGGUGUUCUUACGUUAAAUUAUUUGAACCAAUGACAUUACGUUGACUUUUAUGAAUGCUAUGUUUGUGUAAUACAUCAUCCUGAAGUGGCCACACACAUGCCAACAUCUUAUUUUCCCCAUCGUGGUAUUUUCCACCAAAGGAUUCAUCAGAACAUGCUUCGUGGAUAUGUUACCAUGAAAGACCGAUAUUGGAGCAUAUCGACUUUCACCAAUGAAUGGCAACACAUAGAAAAUAUGUCAGUUAAAGACCAAAUAUUUGAUUACAUACUGUACAUUCAGUCAAUCAUCGGUCUAUGUCGACAAGAACAGAUAUGCUCUGUAUGAGGUCUGAAAAACGAAAGCUGACGUAGUUCUGAGUAAACUAGGCGCGUCAUUUCGAAUAUUUCCAGGGGAGGGAGGGGCAAAAGGUGUUUUCUCUUUGCAUAUUUUAUCGGAAAACAACUUAAACCUCGCCCUCUUAUAUGUAAAAAUAUUUUUUCAAAUCUGGGGUGAGGGGGGGGGGGGGGAAUUGAACCCCCUUCCCCAAAAUGACGAGCCCUGGGAUAAACUCUUUUUCGGAGUGACACAUCCCUCUCCUGAACGCAAUUGGUCGCUCCUCUCAGCAAAAGAAGCGAAAAGAUUACGUCACCCUUGUGACAUUCAUUCUAUCGCACCUGAAACACAGAAGUAGAAAGUCGUAAAUCUUCGAUUCAUCCAGCAGUCGUUUUUUGUGUAAUGGUGAAUAUGUAAUGGUGCUUUUGUGCUAUAGUGCUGCUCCGGUAAGUUGACCUCCAAUCUGACAAUGGUUAUCUCUUUUUCGGGUAAUGGGAAAGGAUAAUUUGCGCUUAAUUGAGUUGACUUACUUUCGUAGUCGUUUUGCAAAAGUAUUGCAACUCUAAUCUGUGGAAAUUACUCUUUCUUAUUACCCGAAAGAGAGGUAAACAUUGUCAAUGUCGGAGGUCAACUUACCAGAGCAGCGCUAACUUAAUAUUUGUUGCAAAGUUUACAUAAAUAUGAUGUGUUGGCCACUUUUGGACUGCUGUGCAUUUUUCCCUCCUUCUCCCGCCGCUGAUGUUAUUGGAAAUUUGAUGCAAAUAUAAAAUUUUAGAAUUUGUUCAAUCUUGAUAGCGGAAACUUUCUUUCAUGUUGGGAAAAGGUCUUUCGUCUGCAAUUUUUCACUUAAAAAUCUUUCACUUAAAUCAGUAAAUCAUGUAUAUGUUUAAAACCAAGGAAGUUGUGGCAGAUUUUUUUUUUUACUACUCCUUGAAAGAUGCUAUAUUAUUAUAAAAAGAUUACAUCUGAACCAUAUUGAACAAUAGCAAGAAUUCUUAAGUCAGGAAACUAUUAUGUGCAAAUCUUUGUGUAUGGCAUUUUGUUAAAAUAAAUUGAAGUAUGAGCGGUAA